UAUCAACAACCUUGUUCAAAUACCUUACAAAGCUCUCAACCAUCAACAAAUGAACCAGAAUCUUCUGAAACAUCUAUUUCAGCACAUAUGCACAGUUCCCAAACAUCAGGUAUUGCUAAGAAGGUUCGAGGUCCAACGCAAAAACUUGGGAUUUGGGAGCUAAAAGGAGACACAAGAAUAGCUGUUACUUUCAAUGAUUUGGUGCAACCAAUAGGAGAAGAAGGAAAAGAACUUACUCAAUUCUUGGGCACACUUGUGAAAAUGCCAAAUCAUGUUGGAAUAAACUUUCAUGAGUGGAGAGACGUCGCUAAUACAUCAAAGGAAACUUUAUGGAGCAUUGUGAAG